GGUGCAGGAAGUCUCGCGAGAUACAGCAAUCGAGUGUGCGGGUGGGCGAUUUGGCUCUGAUUUUCGAGUGCGCGGUGCCGGAAGGCCAGGGUUUGAGAGGCUGUGACGGUACUCAGGCAAGACGAGGUCUGACGAGGCACAUACGGUGGAGCGCGGUUAUCCGACGGCGUCUCCCUGGCCGGCUCUGUCGCUAACGGGCCACGAACUGGACCCUGUGGCAGCCGCUUGGGGACGGAAGCUCUACCCAGGUUCGGGCACCUCGAGAGUGGCCGGUCCUGGUCUGAUGUUCGGCCUGCACCACCACCAGGAUGCCACCGGCCUACACCACCACCACCAGCCGCGGGGGCCCAGCCUCAAGGAGGAGCCCCUCUCGACGGCCCGGUCCUGGAUGCAGACAACGGUGUCGGACCAGAACGGAUCAACUGUUGGAAGAGCACAUUUCGAAAAGCAACCACCUAGCAAUCUACGAAAAUCGAAUUUCUUUCAUUUCGUCAUCGCCUUAUACGACAGAGCUGGCCAGCCAGUUGAAAUUGAACGAACAGCGUUCAUUGGAUUCAUCGAAAAGGAUCAAGAAGCCGAUGGACAAAAGACUAAUAACGGCAUCCAGUACAGGCUACAACUUCUUUUCGCAAAUGGUGUACGACAAGAACAAGAUAUUUACGUUAGACUCAUUGAUUCCGUCACGAAACAGGCUAUCAUUUACGAAGGACAAGACAAAAAUCCUGAAAUGUGCAGAGUUCUACUGACCCACGAGAUUAUGUGCAGCCGGUGUUGUGACAAAAAAAGCUGUGGAAACCGAAACGAAACUCCCUCAGAUCCUGUGAUAAUUGACAGAUUCUUCCUCAAGUUCUUCCUGAAGUGCAACCAGAAUUGUUUGAAAAAUGCAGGAAAUCCCAGGGACAUGCGAAGGUUUCAAGUUGUGAUAUCAACGCAAGUAGCUGUCGACGGUCCCCUUUUAGCCAUUUCCGAUAACAUGUUUGUACAUAAUAACUCUAAACAUGGUAGAAGAGCGAAACGACUGGAUCCAACAGAAGGCCAAUUUCCAGGACUGUACCCACCCCUGCCUGUCGCGACGCCCUGUAUAAAAGCAAUCAGCCCCAGCGAAGGAUGGACGGCGGGAGGAUCGACAGUUAUUAUAGUGGGAGAUAACUUUUUUGAUGGACUACAAGUCGUUUUCGGCACGAUGCUAGUGUGGAGCGAGUUGAUAACGCCCCAUGCGAUACGAGUCCAAACACCACCUCGACAUAUACCAGGCGUUGUAGAAGUGACGCUCUCGUACAAAUCUAAACAAUUUUGUAAAGGAGCUCCUGGACGAUUCGUGUAUGUUUCCCUGAAUGAACCGACGAUAGACUACGGAUUCCAAAGGCUACAGAAACUGAUACCAAGGCAUCCAGGCGACCCAGAAAAAUUACCAAAGGAAAUCAUCCUGAAGAGGGCAGCAGACCUAGCGGAAGCCCUGUAUUCCAUGCCAAGGAACAACCAGCUAUCACUGUCAGCUCCAAGGUCACCUACUAUGGGGAACAACGGGAUGUCUUCGACUUUCAACGCGUAUACUGGUCAACUGGCUGUCAGCGUUCAAGAAAACGGAAACGAAGAGUACGGGGGCCGGCCGCAGAGCAGCAGCGUGUCGCCGCGAGGCGCCGGGUACUGCUCGAACGCCUCGACGCCGCACUCGUCGAACGGCGGCUCGUACGCGGGGGGCGGCAUGGGCGGCUACGGCGGCGCGACGCCAACCAGCGCCGCCUCGCAGCUGUCCAACAUGGUGCCGGGGUCGCCGUCGGCCGGCAUCUUCAACACCACGCCGAUUACCGCAGAAACAAACCAUUACUUCGCCAGCACACACUAUACCAAACACAAUCUACCCCAGGGAGAUAAAGAAAAAAGUGCCUUCGCACCCGUGCUACGCGCCGGCGGUUUCGACCCUUCUUCAAACCACACCCCCGCCCCUGCAUUAUUCCAUCAUCAACCUGUCACCGGGUGGCAUCACUUGGCCGUACAGUAAUGAAUGAGCCUAGUAUCUUCCCCCUUCGCCUCGAUGAACCCCUUCGCUUUGCCGACCUGCAACUCCCAAAGCUACGGCUCGACCGCAGCCCUUGUGGGAUCCGGCAAGUAGCGCGAGGCCUGCGGCGACUCCUGCAGCCCUGACAGCCCUUUGUCCUCCUCGCACAGGGACGCCAACAGUGCAAUGUACUCCGACUAACGUGAACCAAAGACAUACCUAGGAUAUUGCGAUGUAGAUAGGUCGAGGUUGGGUGUUUGGAAGGAGAAGUUUGAUUUCAUGGGGUAUUUCGAUUUUCAGUAGGAAAGUUCUCGAAAAACUGUGUGAAAGGAAACAUCGACUCAAGUACUGACUACAAUUUUCUUCCUUAUUUUCUUUUGGAAUAUCAGAGCUUGCAUGGCUUUCCCUCGAACAUCUCUGAUUUGAUUGUAACAUCAUAUCGAAGACUAAAACCUUUGAGAAAGGAAACUUGUCAUGAACAUGAAUUGCGAAAUGUCUCC